UGAUAUUACAAAUUUUCUUUAUUGCCUAGUAUAUUUCUUUUGCUCACAGCUCCUUUUAUUCUAACCCUUUUUCAUUUUUCAAUUAUACACUCGAAAUGGCGGUCAAAAAAAGAGAACAAAAGCAAGCGACCAAGCGGUCCGUCGCUCAAAACGGGGGCUCCUCAGAUAACGAAGAUCAAGUUAAAACACAAAAGGCCAGCUCAAAGCGGCAGAAGAAAGCCAUGGUCGACAAAAAGUCUCGGGCAGAGACCGACCUCGAAAUGCUAGUUUUUGGCGGCGAAGACGAGGAUGUUAUGAACAACGUAUUUGGAAAAAUGGUUUCGAAUCUUCCUGCAGCGUCUAAGGACUCUGAUUCGGACCAAGACGAAUCAGAGGAAUCAGGGUCAGAGAACGAGGAGGAUGAGCCCGAGGCGGAGUCGAAGGGCGAAGAUGAGGAGAUGGCUGAGGAGAUGGUCGAGGACAGCAUUGAAGGCGGCGAUGAUUCCCUGUUCUUUGUCGACACUGUGCUGGACAAGAACAGCGGUGACGAGGACGAGAGCGAGAGCGAGAGCGAGAGCGAUUCUGACGAGAGCCAAUCCGAAGAUGAGCAGGAUACUGCCGCGUGGGUUGAUGAGGACACGCAGCAGGCGACAGUGGCGCUCAAGUCAAAGGCUCGCUCGCGCAAGCUUCGCGAAACCGAGGGGGAAAACGAGGUGGCCGGCGAUGUGUACGAGGAGCGUCUGCGCCAGCAGUUCCAGAAGAUUAACCCCGUGCCCAAGUGGGCUGACAAGGCAGAAAUCAACGCGUGGGACGAUUCUGACAAGGAGGAUGACACGGUCGGCGGUGAUCUGCUUAAUACCACGGCUCCCCUGAUUUCAAAGUCCAGCACUCUGCUGGCACCGACCAAGCUGGACACCAUUCGCCUGCGCAAUGCCAACCAGAUGGCCCCCUCGCAGUCAGCCAUCUCGAGCAUUCAGUUCCAUCCGACCUCCAGCGUUCUGCUGACCGCCGGCUUGGACAAAACCCUGCGCCUAUUCGAGGUUGACGGCAAGGAUAACCAGAAGAUCCAGUCCAUAUACUUCAAGGACCUGCCUAUCACCUCGGCGCAGUUUAUUCGCGGCGGUCAGGAGGUCGUGGUUAGCGGCAAGCGCGGAUGGUACUACUCAGUGGAUAUCGAGAAAAGCGCCGUGACGCGUAUCUCGGGCAUUCCGGGCUACAAAAUGAAGAGCCUCGAGUUUAUGCACAGCAGCACGACGAGCGACAGACUGGCGUUUAUGAGCAAUGGUGGUCAGAUCCACCUGGUAUCCGCGCAAACAAAGCAGUUUAUCCACACGCUCCCGAUGAACGGAGCUGUGCGCGAUGUUGCUUUUACCGCUGAUGGUAACUACCUGUGGAGCACUGGGCUGGAUAAUGAGGUUUACCAGUGGGAUCUGCGGCAGAACCGUUGCUUGAGCCGCUGGCAUGACUCAGCCACGUUCCGGCCGACCUGCCUGAGCGUCAGCCCGGACACUAGCUACUACGCGAGCGGCGAUAACGCCGGUGUUGUGAAUAUCUACGAUACCAAUGUGGUGAAGGACAAGAGGGUUGGUGCGUCGGGUGCGUUCUACAAUGUUAAUGCAUUCAAGUCGAUCAAUAACUUGACCACGUCGAUCCAGGGCCUAAAGUUCAACCACAGCUCGGAGAUCCUCGGUAUUUACUCGCGCAGAAAGGCGGAUCAGCUCAAGCUCGUGCAUUUGCCCAGCGGGACUGUGUUUUCGAACUGGCCAUCGUCAAAGUCGCAUCUGGGUCAUGUCCAGUGCAUGGACUUUUCGCCGAACUCUGGCUUUAUGGCUAUUGGCAAUGAUGGUGGCAAGGCCCUGCUCUACCGCCUGCCACACUACCAAAACUACUAGUUCAGUUUGCUUUUUUUAAGCUUUUUGAUUUUUCACUUUACAGGUUUUGUUCCUUCUUUAUAUAUUUACAUUUUUUUGCAGGAAAGUACUUUUUUUUU